CCUGUGGGAAUUUUAAUGACCCCAGCGAUAAGAUCCUCAGUUUUGUGCAUCAUCCAGAAAAGCGGAGCUCCACCUGCCCAGCCCUGCUGUAACGUUGGGUGUGCUCGGAUUCGGGACCAAUUCGGCAGUGAGGAGGGACGGGGAGGUGCGGCACGGGCGAGAGUGCCAUCUGCAGAGUUAUCAUCCGUGUCCUACAGCACAGACGGGUUUCCCAAAGGUAACCAGGCAGGAUGGGAAUCACAGCUCCUGGAAACGGGGUUCCUGGGGAUAUUCCUCUGCCCGCUCUGGACCCUCUCCCGCCUGCCCCGGCAUACUCCUCCUUCCAGCAUUGUCAUCUGGGGCUUCCGCUGGCUGAUUUUCAGGAUCAUGCUUGGAGCGGGCCUGAUUAAAAUUCGAGGAGAUCGCUGCUGGAGAGAGUUAACUUGCAUGGAUUAUCACUACGAGACGCAGCCAGUGCCCAACCCCAUCGCCUACUUCAUGCAUCGCUCGCCGUGGUGGUUUCAUCAGUUCGAGACCCUGGUCAAUCACUUCAUCGAGCUGGUGGUGCCGUUCUUUCUCUUCCUGGGACGGCGGAUGUGCGUCGUACACGGCCUCUUGCAGAUCCUCUUCCAGGUGCUUCUGAUCGUAAGUGGAAACCUGAGUUUCCUCAACUGGCUAACCAUCGUGCCCAGCAUCGCCUGCUUCGACGACAGCAGCCUGGGGUUCCUCUUCAGCUCCAGGCGAGGAGGGGUGAAAGAGCGGGUGGCAGAGAUGCAGCUCAAAGAGGCAGCCGGCGAGCAGCUUCCCCUGGGCUGCUAUGUCCGCAAAGUGGUGAACAUCUCCUUUGGCCUCCUGAUUGCUUAUCUCAGCAUCCCGGUUGUCCUAAACCUGCUCAACUCCAGACAAGUGAUGAACACCUCGUUCAACCCUCUCAGAAUAGUGAACACCUACGGAGCUUUCGGGAGCAUUACCAAGGAGAGAACAGAAGUUGUCCUUCAGGGGACGUCCAGCCUGGAUCCCAACGACCCCGCUGCUGUCUGGGAGGAGUAUGACUUCAAAUGUAAGCCCGGGGACUUGAAGAGGAGGCCAUGCUUUAUAAGCCCCUACCACUACCGCCUGGACUGGCUUAUGUGGUUUGCUGCCUUCCAGGUGGAUCCGAGGGGAACACUUCAAGUACAAAUUCAGCCGACCCGGGGGAAAGCACGCCAGCGAGGGGAGGUGGUGGAUUCGGAAGAGGAUCGGCCCUUACUUCCCCCCCGUCAACCUCCAGGGCCUGAAGAAGUUUUACGAAGACAGGAAUUGGCCGUACCCCGUGCGGGACUGAUGGAGGAGGAUGAGCAAGGUCAAGAGGGACCGGCUGGGGAAGAGGGAGAGCAGUCAGCUCCCUUACAAACCACAUGUCUUGGCUCUGUCUGUAUUUUUUAUCCAUAUCCUUGUUUACACAUAUUUUACAGAAGGUUCCCAGCCAACCUGUCCACCUGCUGUUGUGGUCUGGUUUUUCUCAUCUUUCUGUUUCUUUCUGUUCAUCCUUCUCGCCACGGCCUCGCCUGAUGAUUGAUUUCUUUUGCCAGGCUGCUCCAUUCAGAAAUUGUCAGCUCUAGAAUUUGGGAAAAAGGUGAACAAAUACUGUGAUUAGUUUUGGGUAGGUGUUGGUGUUGCUUUCCCCGACCCAUCGCAUUGUGUGAUGGCUGCAGAGGCACAAGGAGAGAUUUUGGGGUGGUCUCCUGUCUCAGCCAGCGGCCCCUGAGGCUCACAGAUUCCCUGGGGUCCGGCAUCGGGCAGAGCAGCCGGGUCCUGCUCUGCAGCCGGCUCAUGCGGAGGUGAUGCUGGCCAGGCACAGAGCACCGCUCCUCCAUCCCAUCCCAUCCCAUCCCAUCCCAUCCCAUCCCAUCCCAUCCCAUCCCAUCCCCAUGUGUGCCGCCAGCACUGAGCCAUCAAAGCUGCUUUAUUCCCAACACAGCUGUCCCCACGCUGCCCUUGCUGUCGCCCUGAGAAGGGCCCGGUCGUCACCUUCUCACCGCAGGUUAAUGACUGGGCUGAGCUAUAUGUCCUGCCCGCCGGGCACGAUCCGGCUGUCCUGCAGUUCAUCCCCAGGGCAGCAUAGCAAGCCAGGGCUGGGCAAUGCCCCCAGGCUGGGCAAAACACCCUGGGACCUCACUCAGAAUUUCUCUUGUCCCUCCUGUUUGCUUUGGAGUCUCCCCUCAUCUCGGUCUCUGUUUAAAAUCACCCCAAAUUGUCCCACCACGUGGGUUUUGCUAGGUGAGCCCAAAUCACAGUGACGGGAGGGAAGUGAGAGCAAGAACGUGGAUGGCGUCUGAAACAGCCAGCAACUGGCCGGGGUAGUUUAUAAUAAUCGAUUGCUUGUUAGCACAUUCUGCUGCACACGUUUCUUCUUGCAGGGGGAAAAAAAAAAAAAAAAGAUCAAAGCAACCUGUGUAACGCAUAAAACCCCGUUGUAUCAGGCUUGCCUGCAGAAAGCCGCAGGUUUACUGUGAAACCCGAAAUAGCUCCUUGCUGGAGCUGCCGUGUGGGCUCUGUGACUCAGCCCCGAGGACAAGCGCAGCCCUGUGCGGCCGCUCCGUCCCACGUCCCGUCGCUGCCGAUGCUCGUGGGUCGCCUGGGCAGCAGCGGCCGGGUUGGAAAAGCGGCCGGAGUCAACAAGUCUGCCGCCAGCCCCACCACGUUUAAACAGGUCUUGUUUUAAGGCCUGGCAGCGCAGACACGCUGGGCUGAGCCUUCCUGUUUGCUUAACCUGGGAUUUUUAUAACUGGUGCUUUUUGUCAGCGGCCCCAGGGCUGAAAUCCGCCUGUUUGGGGAGCUGGCGGAGUUUGGUGCCGGAGAUGUCUGACCGGCCGGCGUUCGGGAGAAGCCGAGCAUCCCGCGGGCACGGUCCAGCGCCGCCGGCUGCACGGCCACGCACCCAAGCAGGGGAGAAGAGCAGAAAGGCUCUUGCCGGGCUUUUCCCCCUGGCUUUUUGCAGUGACGUUCACCUUGGCCUCCCGGGGAGGAAUUCCAGUGGCCAGAAAGCUUACAAUAAGGCUUUCACUUUUCCAGAGCGAAUUCAGCCCAAGCCGCAAGCGAAGGGAAAAGCGUUGCUGUGUGCCGGGCUCUGAAGCGGCUCGGUGCUCGGGGCAGAGCCGUCCUCCCCGGGGGCCACCGACCUGGCGGGGACCGAUGGGCACCGCGGGAGGCAGAGGCGGUGGCCGUGGCUCUGCCCCCGUCCCCGGGGCUCGUCCGGCUGAGCCCAUCCCCGGGCGAGAUGUGCCAAAAGCAGCCAGGUGCGGUUUUGAAAGAAAAAUGGGUCCUAACUGGGAAAAGCAAACCGGCAGGUUAAAGCUGGCACCGGCGCUGGCACGGGCACAGAAAUGCCAUUUUACACGUUUCUUCCCCCUUUCUGACCGCGUGUACCGAAUGGGCACCACUGAGAGCGGAUUUCUGGAAAGGGAUUAAAGCAAACAGCUCUUGAAUAACCAGC